AUGAGUUCGGAUAGGUCUGAUAACACAGAGACGACCGAAAUACCCCUGGAGAAAAUUCGUGAAAUGAAAAGGAAAGCCUGCGAGAAGCUCUCAUCACUUAUUCAAGCCAUAUCUUCACCUCCGCCUGAUAAAAGAUCGAAGCGAAGCUGUGCAUCAUUCUUCACUUAUAAAACUCUGAUCAAGUCAUAUAAGUUUGAGUUAUGGGCUGGAAAUGAAAUAACACCACGUGAGCUGGCCGUUCAUGGAUGGGAAUGCAAAGCUCGUGAUCAGGUGCAAUGUAUCGCUUGCAAACAGUUUCUGUGUACUUCCGUUCCGAAAAUAACGGACGUUGACAUCAGUGUUUACAGCAAAUGUAUGAGGCGUGUUCGCGAAAAAAUAGUGAAUUCGCAUGUGCUCACGUGCAUAUACAGAUCGGAACCACUUCAGUUCAAACAUGAUGUUGACGAAGAUUUCCUGAAUGAUGUGGUUCGGCCAAGAAUUUCUUCAUAUCGCAGAGAUGGCCUGAAAUUGAACAUGGUUAUUCCCAGUGAUUUGAAUCUGACUGAUGAAGAAAAAGAAUGCUCUUCAUCACAUGAAGCUGUGAUAGGAUCAUCGUUAGGGUGGUCGAUUGUGACUGAAAAACUGGCUGGAAAAGAAUAUUUCGUGGCUGUGUGCGACUACUGUGCGAGGGAUUUUCUGCUUGGAGAUGUAGCUUUCGAUCCGGUGAAAGUUCAUCAGCGAUGGUGCCCAGUACUAGAUGUGAAUGAGGAUGACGGUCUCGCCCUAUGGAGAGUUAUCUAUUCAAGAAUAACCCCCAAAAAGUAUCAGAGAACAUCGUCAGCCCCGACCCUCCAGGAAGCCGAAUCAGCUAAACGUGUACUUGAGCGGUCGCUCUCCGUUAUUUCAAGAGAAGUUCUCAGCAAUUCCUAG